AUGCCCAAAAAGCCCUGUGCAAAGCCAGGCGCUGAAAUUGAAAUUAUUUCAAUGGUAAUGCAAAUAUUGGAUUGGCAAUGGGAAGUUAUUGAUACUGAAAAAGAAUUUAAUGUUGUUAAUGAUUUUGGAAAUCCACAACCAGACGGAAAUUUCUCCGGAAUAAUGGGUCUUCUGGCACAGGAUAAAAUUGAUAUGAGUGGUCUCUCAAUGAGAAUUACACCUGCUCGAAUGGAAUUUGCUCAUUUCACAUUCCCUAUCAGAUACUUUCAACAAGUUUAUAUCAUUAAGAGACCGGCUGAAAAUGACUUUAGAAAUUUUGUUUUUGCUCCUUUUACAACUGAUAUGUGGCUUCUUCUUUUGGCGACAAUCAUGGGAGCAUCAACAAUGAGAUUUGCAUGUGCUCUUUAUUGGGAUAGUCGAGUCGGAUCCAAAUUUAAUAUUUACACAAGCAGCGUUUUGGAAACUUUUGGUCUGAUGUUAAAGCAGAGAGUUCAAGAUCCAACUGCAGUUUCAACAAUGCUUUUAGAAGGAUUUUUAAUAGUUGCAAUGAUGAGUAUUGCCCAGUAUUAUCAAACUUCAAUGAACUCACGGUUAACUGCUCCACCAUCUUCGAGAAUUCCAUUUCUACAUCAAAAUCAACUGAUAGAACUACUUCUGGAUAAGGAAACUUAUCUCACAUAUUAUUUUAAUUUAACUUUGGAAGGUUCAACAGAGAAAAAUGAAUAUAACAUAAAACGUGCAUUGGCUAUGAACCCAAUUGUUGUUCGGGCAAGAGAAGCAGAUUUAAUUAAAGAAAUUCAAAAAGGUGGAGUAUUUUACUCAACUUAUGAUAUCGAAUUUUUACCUCAAGCAGUGAGCGUUUGGGACAAAAGACAAGGAUUGACAGUUAUAAGAGAUACAAGUGGAAUUCUUAGUUAUGUUGCGUUUGGAUUUAGUAUCAGCAAUCGAAAACUAUGCCAAAUGUUCAACAAAGCUCUAUUGAAAAUUCUUCCUGGUAUCGCAAGUAUCACUUUGGGACCAGGUUAUGGUACAAAAAAACAACCGGAAGACAUAACUGUUCAAGUGAAAAAGACGCGUCUCAGUUUGAAAAAACACUUGGAGCAAUUAUUCUACAUUUACUUAAUAGGAUGUGGAAUUGCACUGGCAUUUUUUAUUAUUGAGAAGGUUUUUUUUAGAAUGAGAGUUUUGAAAAGACAAAAGGUAUACCAAGUUAAUCGUCAAGAAUCCGAUGUAACUCCAGAAUGUACAUUCACACCAUUGCCUUAUCACUAAUACAUUUUUAAUUCAAAAAAAACUAAUUUUAUUCCAGAACGAUAUUUUAACACUUAAUAUCAAAUUACCGUAGUGAUUGUUCUAGAUAGAUUUGUUUCUUUCUUGUUAGUUACAGUAUUGAUAACUUUUUGGCGAUUUGUCGGAUCUAAAAGGAAAUAAACCACAAAAUUAAAACACGAACACCCAUAAAGAUUGAAAAAGCUGAAUGCUGACUGAAGCUCAUGUGACUGUUGGGAUAUUAACUGAAAAUCUUGAUUUGUGAAAAUAAAAAGUAUUC